AUGAGUAAUACUAGGGAUCAGUCUACUGUAGCUCAUCAUCCGUUGCACACCAUACGUGGCUUUAAUUUUUUUUCAAUCAAAUCACACGUUUUGCAUCGUGGGUUUUACAUUUAUGAAUACCGAAGGCAUUCGAAUUUUGAUCCAUAUCCCGCACCCACCCUCCCUCCCUCCCAUUCUCGCGUCCCCCUCCCUCCCUCUCGUCACCCAGCACCUGCUCCGCCCUCCCUCCACCAGCACCACCGCACGACGCACCGCGAUUCGUCGCCCUCCCUCCCGUCGCCCAGCACCCGUGAGCCUUCCACUGCACAGUUCAAAUCCUACCCCCCUAUUUUCUUCUCAGCUCAUAUUUUGGAAGAGUUAAAGCAAAAUGAAAGUGCUCCUCUCAUUAUUUUCUGCGUUUUCUUUAGAGUGAGAAAUUGCUCCAAAUUUGGUCUUCGUAGCGCCAGCUCUCUUCAAAUUCUUUUCUGGGUUCUUCCUUGCCUGAAAUUUGGAGGUUGUGGAGUUGAGGCGCCUGAACGCAGCUUGAAAAGAGGAACCUUGCUUGCAGGCUUGCUUCUUUGGAGUCUCAAUCGGCUUCUCUUGCUAAGGUUUCUGAGGUAUAGCUUGAGCUACAUCCCUUUCUCGAGGUCCGUGGUUUCAAAGGUGGUUUCAAUGUUUUGUAUAGUGGAUGAAAAGCCAGAUUGGUGCUAAAAGUAUGCACACUGAAGGAAACAAGAAAAUGAGACUACUUAGAUUAGAAUCUUGGAUUUUGGAAUGAAUAUUAUUAGACUAUUUAGGUUGUAAUAAGCUGCUUUGUAAUGUUGUAUCCAAUUGGAAUGAAUAUUAUGAUUCAAUAUUUUACUAGAUGACUUAAUCCAAGGAUGAUUAUUUG